GACUAGGCGCGCGACCGCGCGGGGUCGAUCGGCAAGGCCGUCAAGACCGUCAAGCCGAACCUCGUCUCCGCGAGCGCCAUCAUGCCAUCGCUCGUCGUCCGGCUCAGCAGCGACCAGGAGAAGAAAAAGGAGCCCGUCGACCCCUUCAAGGACCUCAAGGUCUCCCUCGACGACCAGGAGCGCGAGAUCGGCGCCAAGAUCGAGCGCAUGGAGGAGCGCAUCCUCCAGGCCGACGCGCGCAGCCAGAAGGACUCGAACCCCGUCACCUCCGUCUUCGGCGAGCUCGCGCGCUCCGGCGCCUGGUCCUCCGCCUAACGAGGGCACAACAACUCACCGCGAAAUAAAAAACCAUGGAAACGAUCACGACGACCGAGGCGUGCGUCGAGAUCGCGAGCUACUGCGCCGCGUCGAUGCUCACCGCGGCGCUCUGGAUCACCUACGGCCCCGCGGCGGCCGCCGCGGAGGCCGCCUUCGGCUGGCGCAACCGCGAGGUCGCGCUCCUGAGCGUCUGGGGCCCCGCGCUCGGGCUCCUCGCGUCGCCCGCCGCGCCGCGGCUCGUACGGCGCCUCGGCGGGCCCCGGAACACGACGACCGCCGUCUGCGCGCUCUGCGCCGGCGCCGCGGCGCUGCGGUGCGCGCCGGGCCGGGGCCUGCCGCGGCUGCUCCUGGCGCACGCGUCCUGCGCGCUCAACGGCGUCGGCGGCGUGCUCAUCCUGUCGACGCCGGCGAUGGUCGCGCGCGACGCGCUCGACGAACCCCGGCGCCACCUCGGCACGUCGACCAUGCUCGCGGCGAACUCCCUCGGCGGCGGCCUGGGCUUCGUCGCCGCCGCGGCCGCGAAGGACGACGUCGAGGGGCUGCUGGUCUACGAGUGCGCCGCCGCCCUCGCGAUCCUCGCCCUCGUCGCCGCUCGCCGCGGCGUCUUCCGCCGGGACGCGCCCGACGGCGACGCGGACGCGCCCCUCCCGGCCUUCGGGCCGCUGCUCAAGUCGCGGUCCUACGUGCUCCUCGCCGCGGGCUGCGGCAUGACCAUGGGCGCGUUCACGGGAUGGCUCGGCGUGCUCACCCCGCUCCUCGAGAGCUCCGGGUGGGCGCCCCGCGACGCCAACGCCGUCGGCGUCGCCUGCUGCUUCGCGGCGGCGGCGGCCCAGGUGCUGUCGGGCGCGCUGUCCACGCGCCGCAAGCGCUUAGCGAUCCUGUCGUGCAACGCUUCGGCGCUCGCGGCGCUCUUCGCGUUCGCCGUCGUCGCCGAGGCGGCGCCGCGGCGCUCGCCCGCGGCCCUCGCGCUGGCGCUCGUCGCCGCCUUCGGCGUCGUCGCGCCGGAGGGGGCCAUCUACGAGCUCGCGACGGCGCCGGCGCCCGCGCCGCUCGAGGCGUCGGCCGGCGCGGGCCUCGUCUUCGCGUUCAACCUGCCGAUGGCGACGUUCAUCUUGCUCGACGCGGUCGCGUCGCCGCGCCAGCUCCUCUGGAUCCUCGUGGCGUCGAACGCGCUCGGGUUGGGGUUACUGGCCGUCGAGGCGGCGACGGCCGACGACCGGCCCAUCUUCCUCCCGGACGCGCGACCGCUCAACGCGGAGGAGGAGUACCGGCCGCUCGACGCGGCCGCGGAGCCGGGCAUCCUCAACAACUUCCCGCCCUGGCUGCCCCCGCCCGUCCGGAAAAGUCGGCGCCUGCCCUUUAGCUGCGGGCGGAGCGCGGCGUAACGCACGCCUAUGAGUGU